CCAGCGCUGGAAGCGGCGCGGAUCUGCGCCAACAAGUACAUGGUGAAGAGCUGCGGCAAGGACGGCUUCCACAUCCGCGUGCGCCUGCACCCCUUCCACGUGAUCCGCAUCAACAAGAUGCUCUCGUGCGCCGGCGCCGACAGGCUGCAGACCGGGAUGCGCGGCGCCUUCGGGAAGCCGCAGGGCACCGUGGCCCGCGUCCACAUCGGCCAGGUCAUCAUGUCCAUCCGCACCAAGGCCCAGAACAAGGAGCACGUGGUGGAGGCCCUGCGCAGGGCCAAGUUCAAGUUCCCGGGGCGCCAGAAG